GCUAUCGGUCAAAGAGAGGGUUGAUUUGUGCGCCGUUAUCAAUAGCCGGCUGUCGACGGUGGUGUGACUGGGCAGUUGGAUUCCGCGGUGGUUGUGGUCCGGUGAGGCGCGGGAGGUCGCGGCAGGGUGGCCAUGAAGCGUGCGCUGUGCUGGGUCGUCGUCUUGGUGACGGCGGUCGGGUUAGGGUUCUGGAUGGUCGGUGCCUGGAUGGGCAGCAAGCAGCACGUGUUCGACGGGCAGGAGCUGGCGCGGUUGGCGCGCCAGUACGCCGGUCUCAAUCAUGAGCAGGCAUUCACCAAGAUUGUGGUUGAAUUAAGGAAAAUGUACCCUGGUCACAUACUCCCAGACGAGGACCUCCAAUGGAUUUUCGUGAAUGCUGGUGGCUGGAUGGGUUCCAUGUGUCUUUUGCAUGCAUCCUUAACUGAAUAUGUGCUGCUUUUUGGAACAGCAGUGGACACUGGAGGACACUCAGGACGAUAUUGGGCUGAAGUGUCAGAUACAGUUAUUUCAGGGACUUUUCAACAAUGGAAAGAAGGGACAACCAAAAGUGAAAUAUUUUACCCAGGUGACACGAUAGUCCAUUCUGUUGGUGAAGCCACAUCUGUUCGCUGGAGUGCAGGGACUUGGAUGGUUGAAUAUGGCCGUGGCUUUAUUCCAUCCAUGUUGGGGUUUGCACUAUCAGAUACAAUCUUCAGCACACUGGAUUUUCUUACUCUCUAUUAUACAAUAUCAGUCUAUGUAAAAGCACUCAUUCUAGAAGCUAAUACUUACCUCACUGGAGCUGGCUUCUUUUGAAGCUCAGCUGAGACUUUUUCAUAAUUUUAAACUUUAUAAUUGUCUUGAUGUCAUUUUACAUUACUUAAAGCUGUAUUUAUGCCAUCAGUCCUGAAAGCUUUACAUUUGUACAAUACAAUUUUUGAAAAUGCCAACCUUUUCCUUUUACUGAAGAUCAUCAGUUCAAGCACUAUUGAAAAAACAAAAUCAACUUGAACAUUUGACUUGCAUAAUCUUGUUUGUGAGUUAAUGUUAAUAUAAACAUUAAUGUUUGGUUAAAUCUUUUGGAAUCAUUUUGGAAGGUAAAUUGAGAAGCCAUGACUUGGAGAAUGAUUUUUAAACCAGAUGACCAUAUUUUAGCAUGUUAUUACUUUAAUCUGAAUCUGAUGGUUGAAGACAAUCCUUUUGAUUCUACAAAUCCAAUUAUUGAAUCAGAUUUGCAUACACUUAUUACCAGGCUGUAAAUGGAGUUUAAUUAUUUAAUUUUGUGUGCUUGUAACAAAUGGACCUUGUACAAAUUCAUUGUGUUCACAACACUUUUUCCUGAUCCUGAAAGUCCAAUUUUUAAUGCACUUUUAUGGACCAAACUGGUGUGUGAUAGUUUGAACUGUUACAUAAUGAGAAUUUAUUUGAAUAUAUAACACAAUUUCUGCAAAUCAAGAGUAAUUGAUUGCAAGGCAGCUGGUCAUAUUUUGUGGGAUUUCAGGAACAGUAAAUGGCUGUUUUAUUCACUUUGGUACUGGCAGUCAGUGGCAUCCCAGAUCGGUAAUCUUAUGUUCACUGGGUGAACAUCCUCAAGUCUUGAGCAAGGCUGCAGUAUUGUCUUGUGUUUAUGGCUGAGUUGCUGGUUUAACUCGUCUUUGUCAGUAGGUGUCAUGAAAAUGUCUCUUUAGCAAAGUCAAGGCCAAUAUGCUUCCACUGGCUCCAGAAAGCCUGGCCAUUUGCUUAGCUAUAUUUGCACCCAGGAGGAAGAAUUGUAUUUCUCACUGAAUGCUGGUAAGAAGGCUAUAAAAGCACUGGGGAAAAUGAAAUAAAAACAAAAUGCUGGAAACACUCAGCAAGUCAGGAAGCAUAUGUGGAAAGAGAUAGUUAAGGUAUCAAGUCAGAGCCUUCAUUAGAACAGUUUCUACAAAGCCUCUAACCAGAAAUGUUUCUUUUUGUUUCUCCUUCCAUAGAUGGUUCCUAACUUGGGUGUUUCCAGCAUUUUCUCUUAAUUCCAGAGUUCCAACAUCUACAGUUUUGAUUUUUCAUUAGCAGGAAAGGUCCAACUUUGGUCAUGGUGCUAACUAUUCUAUUACAGUUUAUUUAAAAUUACUACCAGUUUUCCCUAAUUUCUUUCUGCUAGCAGUGAAAGAAAAGGAUGGAAAUACUGUUCCUUGUGUCGAGGGUUUACAUCUGUUAAUUUACCUUCAUUUGAGAAUAUCUGUUAGUACUACCAAGAACAAUUGCAAUUAUUUUUUCCACUCAGACUGUGCAAAAUCUGGAAUGAUCAUGUCCUCUCACCUGGUGGUGCACUCUUGCCAUGUGACAUGCAUUCCUGCAUAAAGUUCAGGAACUCUCCUGAGGAGAUUCCCAUCGUUUCAUGGGCCAUUUCUUAAUUUUAAAGAAUUAUCUAAGAACUUCAUACAACUGCCAUGAAUUUGUACAUGUUGUUUGUUUCAGGAAGUUGGAGUGUUGGAAAGACAUUUAUUACAUCUGGAUUUAAAAUUGUAGCAUAAAUUCAAUUUUUAAUUUAAAAAAAAAAUUGCCUCCACUGUUGUGUUGUACAUCUCCCUUUUACCACACAACCUUUUUAUAUUUGAAAGGAUACACAGAUUAAAAACUGAAAUGGAGAAUCACAGAUUUCCCAAAUGUGAACUUAUUUCUUUACUUUUUUUUAAAAAGAAGCUUCACUUGAAGAGCUGGUCCUUUUCACUGAAUAAAUGGUACAUUAUGUUGCAUUUCCUUAUUGUUUUGAGAGUAUUUUCAGUCAUUAAAGGAAACCACCAACAUGUACAAAAUGUACUGUGCUAUUUAAGAACACUUUUUUUGCCUUACAAUAUAUGCAUAAAACCAAAAGCUAGCUAUAUUCUUAGUGAGAUCCUUUCAAGAUUUAGUGUUCUCUAUUCCACGUACUUUGAUGCAAAGAACUCCUGCUGAUGUAGGUUCUAGCUAUUAAUUAAAAAUAUUUGCUCAAUCUAGAAACAACAUCUAUAAAUUACCUAAGCAUAAACAAAUGUUUUUGUUCUUUGUGUUAUCAUGACCAACUUUUGAUGAAUCUGCCUUAGUUCAACUGGUAGAUGAGAGGCUCUUUUUUUUUUUCCCCCAAAAAGAGCAAUAAGUAAUAUAUUAAGGGAUCAGUGUGGUUUUUAAAUUCAUAUUUAUGGAAAUCUGCAAAACUUCUAAAAUGUAUUACUUUUGGUUUUGGGUCAGUUUAAAGAACAAUGUUAUUGAUUGAAUCCUCUACCGUUUGCACGAAUAGAAAACAAGUCUAUUUGAUUGUAGAUUUUAAGGUGGAUGUCUCCCAGCUUUGAACUUCUGUAUAUGCAUGCCAUCUACAUCUGGUUAGCAAAGUGACUUAAACUGUACAGAAUUAACUGUCAAAAUUACAACUACUUACUGAAAUUCAUGGUUAUUUUGAGAAAUGUAAGGAAAUUAUUACCAGGCUCUUGACCUUCCCAGGUUUUUAUCUUUAAUCUCAUUUUCUGCUUUGGUCAGACAAAGGCCUAAUCUUUUAUUAGUCCUUCAAGGAUCUAUUAUCCCAAUAUUAACUUGUUUCUGCUCCAAUAAGUACUUGGUUCAGUUUUACAUUUCUUCUAAUUUCUCUUGCAUUAAUCUUGAUUUCAGUUGCUCUGUUGACAUUGUUGUUUCAGUUUGAAGUUGGGCAAGAUUGGUGCAUGCAUUGGUGUCUGUACAAGCAACAAACUCUCAGAUCUGGUGGGAUACUGCAGUAGAAACUCUUCCUCUGUUGCAUGUUCAAAUGUGGAAUAUUGUAUAAUGCUGCAAUUCCAGUGACUAAAGCCAACAGAACUGAAUUUUGUAAGGAGUAUUCAACAAUUGUUUGCCACAUGCAACUGGGAACAAAGUUCUAUGCAUGGACUCACUUUACCUUUAUUUGUGAGAAAGGAGUGGGCAAGUUCUCUGGUCCAUUGUAACCAGAGUGGAAUUAAAACUAAAACCAUUGCCUUCACUACUAGUAAAUGACCAGCUGCCUGACAGUGUUGCUGCUACAAGCAAACAAACUGUAUUUUGUCAGUGAACUGAAGUAGGGAAGAUUUUGCACUAACUUUUAUGUGGGGAAGGGAACCUCUGAGGAAUUUCAACAUUAAAUAAGUAGCUUGAACUAAGUGAUUUCUCUAUUGUGGUGCUGGUGAUAGGCCUCUUGAGCCUGUUGUGUCAUUCAGUAAUAUGAUGGCUCAAUUGAUCUUGGCCUCAAAAUCAUUUUUAUUCUUUCUCUCCCCAUGACCCUCAAUUCAAAAGAUGGUAAAUAUGGUCCAGUGUUGCAGGAGUUUGCUUUGAUCUUAUUUGUUGGGACAGGUAAUGGGAGAAACUUGAACAAAGUGUAAUUUUUCUUAGUAUCUUCAUUAUAGCAAUGGACUGUUUUUGAACUUUAUCCCUUAAAUAUCCAGAAAAAUACUAUAAGACAACAGAUUGAAAUUAGAGGAAAAUGAUUUGUCAUAUUACUGCCAGCCAUAAUUAAGUCAUUUCAGUGAAAUCUCCAAAUUUUGGUUUGCAUGUCCCUUUUUGGGAUUAAGGUUUUCUCUGGAAAAAAUUAAAUUGCUAUCUUUUCCUUUACCCCCAAUCAUUGGUGAAUAUUAAAAUUUGUAUGCUGAAUUUUCCAUUCUUUAGUUGAAAGCAAAUGUAAUUUUUUACAAUCUGCAAAUGGAGAUGAUAGAAAACAAUGGAUGUUCUAAAACUGCUAAUCAUUUUCUAUUUAUGUGAGCAAGAAUCAUGGUAAUAGUUCUACCAACAAUAACUACAAAAUGUGUUCUCCAUGUUGAAUAUUACUUUAGAAUGUUAGUGUACUGGGGCUGUAAAUUUCCUCUGGUUGCAUCUUCAGGUUUCUGUGACUGAAUCUCUUCAAGGACUGAUUAAUUAUUCUUCAUGCAUUUGAACCUAGAGACUGAAACACCUUGCACCUUGCUGCAGACUUUCAAAGACAUAGAUAUCAGAUUUCAGUAAAUUAGACCUUUAGGAAUUCUACAAUGAUCUUCCAUUUAGCAUUCCACUUAGAUUUGUAAAAGAUCUAUUUUUCAAAGUUAAAUUGUUCAGCUUUUUAAACAUUAAGGAAUUCAUUACUAUGAGGUUACACAAACUAAUUUGAAUAAGUUUGCAUCCAAUAAAUUGUCAUUCCUGAAUUUUAAUCCACACACCAAUAAUUCUGUGUUCUAAUUUUUUCAUUUGUGGAGUAUUUUGAAAGAGUGGGUGCAAGAGUGAAAUGCUUGCAUGGUAAAAGUGGUGGUCUUUAAAUUGUGUUAAUUGAAUUAUGUGCUUUAAUAAACAUGUGCUUAAUAACACUUGGCUCCCACUUGAAGCUUUAUAAGUGCUCUCUGUAAAAGGAAAAAUAACUGUGCUGAAAAAUGUUUUGUCAAUGAUGGAAAUAUCACCAAGAGCCUUAUGAAAUAUAUAAUUAAAGUAUAUCCUAGUCUAUUUGAAAGUCACAUUAGCAAACUGUUUGCCUAAAUAUCUAUUGUCUUGCAAAUUUAAACUUUUGUGUAUUUUGUGGGGACGAGUAUUAAAAAUAAAAUAUCUGCUUCAAGUGGUUCA